AUGAGUUCGGUGGACGUGUUUUACUUUCAACCCAGCUACCCGUCGUAUUACGGCCAACCAACGGGUGGUUCUUCCUUCGAGACGGCCUUCCUCGAUGGGUAUUCGAGCUUCCCGGCCAGUAGUGUAGAGACCAGUCCAUCGCAGACUUCUGUGACGACCGGUGACUACUUCCUGCGACGUCCCGAGUCCUGCCAGAGCGGUGAAAGCGCUUCAAGUUUCGAGGAUCCACGAUUGCGGUUGCUGCACAGCCCACCAACGUUUGACGAUGGCAGUGGUACCGGAUCUGAGGAAAGUGAUAUCCUGCCGACAGCGACGGUUAAGCGAAGGAGCAGGAAGUCCGGUGCGGUCCCGACGGUAGUGAGAAAGACGCGACGGUUGGCGGCCAAUGCCCGUGAGAGGAAACGCAUGAAGGGCUUGAACGAGGCGUUCGACAGGUUGCGACAGUAUCUGCCCUCGCUGGGGAACGACCGGCAGCUGUCGAAGCACGAGACCCUUCAAAUGGCACAAUCGUACAUCAGCGCGCUGGUGGAGCUUCUGGACUGA